AUGCGCGCCGCCCUCGCUGGCGUCGUCGCCCUCGGCGCCGUCAUCACCCCUGGUGUUUGCGCCUCUGGUGUUUGCGGCCUUGGGACUGACGUCGCCCACGCGGCCGAAGCGCCGAAGCGGGUCGUCGCCGCUGGCGGCGCGCUCACCGAAAUCCUCUAUGCCCUGGGGCUUGCCGACCGCGUCGUGGGUGUCGACACCACCAGCACCUUUCCAGCAUCGGCCCUGAAGGAGAAGGCGCAGAUCGGCUAUGUGCGCCAGCUCAGCCCCGAAGGAAUCCUGUCCCUGCAGCCGGAUGUGCUGUUGGUGCAGGAGGGAGCGGGGCCGCCAUCAGCCCUUGCGCUGGUCGAACAGGCGGGCGUGCGCAUCGUGAAGGCGCCGGAGGCCUCGGGCGAGCAAGCGGUCAUCGACCGCAUCCAUCUCGUCGGCGAACUCAUGCAGGCGAAGGACAAAUCCGACGUGCUCGCCGCCUCCGUCAGCGCCAGUUUCACUGCGCUGAGGGAGAAGCGCCAGAGAAUCGACAGGCCCACCCGGGUGAUGUUCGUUCUCAGCCUGCAGAAUGGUCGUCCGCU